ACAACCAACCAAGUCAUAAAAUCAAAAAUCUUUGCUGGCAAAAAUCUUCUUCUUGUUCAAUAAAUAAUUAAACUUCCAUAGCUAAAUUAAAAUCCCUUCUUCAUAUACAGAAACCACAAGUAAAGUAGACAUAAAAGAUUAGACAAAACAUAGAGAAUUGCCAAAACACAAUGGCCACGCUUAUCUGAAAUGUUCAUUUGCUUUUUGAUCAUAUCCUCCAUUUAGUUCUCCCUAUAUCUUUUGAACCCUCCAGAAAAAUAUAGCUUUAUAACAAAAUUUUGAAACAAAACUAAAGAGUUUAUUUCAAACUACAAAGUAACAUCUAGUUUCUUGAACAUGUCUAAGCCACUAAGAAGCUUGAUCAAAGUCAUUGUUCUUGGUGAUUGUGGGGUGGGAAAGACAUCUUUGGUGAAUCAAUAUGUUUUCAAGAAAUUUAGACAACAAUACAAGGCGACAAUUGGAGCUGAUUUUGCUACUAAAGAACUAGAGAUUGAUGAAAGAGUAGUCACCUUGCAAAUAUGGGACACAGCAGGACAGGAAAGGUUUCAUAGCCUUGGUGUUGCAUUUUAUAGAGGAGCAGAUUGCUGCAUUCUUGUUUAUGAUGUGAAUGUGCCUAAGUCAUUUGAGACUCUUCAACAUUGGCAUGAAGAAUUCAUCAAACAGGCUGACUUAACAGAGCCAGAAAAAUUCCCCUUUGUCUUGAUUGGUAAUAAAGUAGACUUGGAAGGUGGCAGCAUUGAGACAGUUUCUGAGAAGAAAGCCAAGGAAUGGUGUGAUUCAAGGGGAAAUAUACAUUACUUUAUGACCUCAGCAAAGGAGGAUUACAAUGUGGAUGCUGCAUUCUUGUGUGCUGCACAACUUGCCCUUGCUAAUGAAGAUGAUCACAACAUAUGGCAGCCAGUAGUAGAUGAAGAAAUGCCUUCACAUUGCCAACUCCAGAGAAUACCAGAGUCUGUAUCAGGAAUUGAGCAGCAGAGAGGAGGGUGUGCAUGCUAAAUCUUCAAAAUACAAAUGUCACAAAGACAUAACAUCCUAAUUAAUUUGUUUGUUCUUCUAUUCUUUAUUGUUUUUAGAUAUUUGGUACGUUCAUAGUUUUCUGAAACUGUAUUAUUUCUACUUCCAUAUUUUACUUUCUUUGAUGGAAAAAAAGUAAACUUUUCUAGAUAAAU